AUGGCCGGCACUGCGGGAGCCAGGGAUGAGGAGCUGAUGAUGAUGAUGAUGGAGCCCCGCAGGCCCCCGCCGCUGCCGGGGAAAGCUGAGAGGGCCACCAUGCAGGCACAGGGCAGCAUGCGUGCCCGCAGCACCAGCCUGGACCUGAGUACCUCCAUGCCAGAGACCCCGAGGAGCCACCCACCCCGGCCCCCCAACUCAGCCCUCAUAUACAGCAACGUGGGAGAGCUGCGGGCUCACCUCACCCCCCGCAAGGCUUGCCGAGGGGAAGGAGCUGGGAGAACCCCCCCUCAUCCCGAUGGGACCCCUCUGCCUCCCCCGCUGCCCAAAAAGCAGCUCCAGCGAGCGGAAUCCCUUCCAGAGCCGGGACCGUCCCAGCACGACAGUCGGGGUGACCCCACAACAUGGGGCGGCAGCAUCGCACAGCGUGAGGAGGGGGCUCCCAGCUCCAUCCCCUCACCGGACAGACCCUCCUGGGCACACAAGAAGCGCUUGACCAAGUCCCAAAGCCUGGGGGGAGCGGUGGCAUGGGGCAGGCUGCAGAGCUCCCCAUCGCCCAUCACGGAGCUGACGUUUGGGGCGGCAGACGGGGAGCUGGGGCCGCUCCUGGGCAGCCCGGAUAGGGUGUGCGGGGUGGUAUUGGGGUGCCUGGAGGCCGCCCUGGCCCGGCUCUCAGCACGCAUCCAGGAGGAGCUGAUGGGGCCGGAGGAGCGGCAGCAGCGGCUGCAGGCGGAGCUGGCAGGGAAGAGCUGGGCAGCGCUCAGCAUCCUGCAGCGGGAGCCAUGCUGCGAGAGCCGGGAUGCGUGGUACUUCCCGGUGGGCUUCAGUCUGGAGCAGGCGCAGGUGGUGUGUGCAGCCAAGGUCCCCAAGCCAUGCUGCCCCAGCCGGGGGGUGCAGAGCUCCCUUGGGGUGCACUGCAGCAUCCAGCGAGUGGUUGGCCGCUUCACCGAUCGCCUCCCUUGGGAACUGGUGCUCCCGGGAAGCCCUGGGGAGCAGAGUGGGUCCCUGCCUGCUGCCCAUCCUGCCCCCCGUCCUGUCCUGCAGGUCCUGAUCUCCUCUGAGGUUCCCUACCAGACCCUGGCAGACUUCGUGAAGGGAUCACAUGCGUUGCACAGGACCUGCCCUGGGCACUACGAGCGCCUGGUUUGCCUCCUCCUCCUGCAGGUGUGCAUGGGGCUGGAGCAUCUCCGGGUGCAGAACAUGGAGCAAGGGGAUCUCUGCCUCGAGAACCUGCUGCUGGUGUGGUGCCCAUGUCCUCCCCAGAGCCAGCAAGGCAAGAAGGCAUCCCUAGGGCUUUCCCUUCCCAGGCUGCUCAUCAGCAGCUUCUACAAGGCUAAAGAUAAGCAAAGACCUUAUUCCACUAGCCAAGAGCAGGACUGGACAGAGGGGCUUGCUGCACCACCCUCCCUGGCAGCAGAUGAGCUGAAUGUAGGCAUGCUGAUCUAUCAGCUCCUGCACGUGGACAUCUCUCUGGAGAACUCCUUUUGCUUCAGAAGCAACAGACUUCCUGAAAUCCCCUCCCUGUCCAUCUACUCCACGGGACUCAAGCGCCUGGCCAUGCUGCUUCUCCACAGGGAUCCUUGCAAGAGGGUCUCUGUUGAGCAGGCAAAGAGCAUCCUGCAGGUCCUGCUCUGGGGGCCUCGGCAGGAGCUCUUUGCCAGGACCAAGAAGACCCUCGCCCUGCUCGGGAGCUGGGUGGAGGUGAAGAGGGCUCUGCUGCUCCUCAGGUUUGUGGAGACCUCGGCUGGGGCAGGGGGGAGCCCUGGCCUCGAGGAGUGGCUCUGCUGCCAGUACUUCAAGGAGGUCUCCGAGCACACGCUCUACCAAGUGACCCAGGCUCUCUACGGUCCCUAAAGGCAAGCUGAAGUUUAGUCCACCCAAAAGCCCAUGAGGACCUGGCCAAACCCACCAGCUCACAAGGAACCCAAGCUGCUCCUGGCUCUGUGAAGUCUUUCCAAACCCAAACCCACCUUCCCCCAUCACAAGAAUGAUGAAGCUGGGAGCAAACUCCCACCCGUGGUUCCCAUAACAUAGGGUGUGUUUUUAUACCCCCAACCAGUUUUUGUGUGAUAGAGUCCAGUUUAUCAGAGCAUCUCAGGAAAGAUGACUGGAUAGAAGCCACAGCAUCAAGUGCCAGUUGCCAAGUAGAGUUUAUGGGGCUUAGACUCUGCACAAACACCUCUCAGCCCUCUCCUGUGGCUUUCACUGUUUCAAAGCCACAUGUUACAGCUCACCUGAACGCACUGUUAGUGAAGGAGAAAUGCAAUAAAUACCUCGUACAACCUGCUCUCUUUAGAAACAAUUUGUGGCACAGUCACAAAUAUAAAUGACAUUUUAGAGGGGGAAAUACAGCAGCCACACAGCUUCAA